UUGGAGGAUCUGUCUAACGAGCCGAGACACGUUCGUUCUUCUUCUUCUUCUGCUCCACCCAGAGAUCAGCGCUGUCUUCAACCCCCUCCAGCUUAAUCCCUCCUCUGUGGGGAACCAGAGGGAUGAAUGGGGAGGCGAUGGAGGGGAACCUGGUGCAGGAGCAGCAGCAUGCCGGUAACGACUCCCACCUCCCUCCCCCUCCCACCAUCACGCCGGCUAUUCCCCCCUACGUGAAGCUGGGUCUGACCAUCGCCUACACCAUCUUCUACUCACUGCUCUUCGCCUUCGUCUACGCCCAGCUAUGGUUGGUUCUGAGAUACCGACACAAGCGCUUCAGCUACCAGACGGCCUUCCUGUUCCUGUGUCUGCUCUGGGCCGCCCUGCGAGCCCUCCUAUUCUCCUUCUACUUCAGAGACUGUGUGACCGCCAAUGCUCUCGGACCGUUCGCCUUCUGGCUGCUCUACUGCUUCCCCGUCUGCCUGCAGUUCUUCACGCUCAGCCUCAUGAACCUCUACUGCGCACAGGUUUACUUCAAGGCAAAGUCCAAGUACACACCUUCACUGCUCAAGUACAGACUUCCUCUGUACCUCGUCUUCUUCGGUGUCAGUCUUCUCUUCCUCGUGGUUAAUCUGGUCUGUGCCCUGCUGGUCAAAAUGACGGCGGCUGACGUGAAGACCAUCGUCCUGGUGAGGGUCACCAUCAACGACAGCCUGUUCGUCCUCUGUGCCGUCUCGCUGUCCGUCUGCCUCUACAAGGUCGCCAAGAUGUCGCUGGCCAACAUCUACCUGGAGUCUAAGGGGACGUCGGUGUGCCAGGUGACUCUGAUCGGCAUCAUGGUGGUGCUGCUGUAUGCGUCGCGGGCCUGCUACAACCUGGUGGUGCUGGCCCUCACAAACAUCGAGACCAUCAACUCCUUCGACUACGACUGGUACAACGUCUCAGACCAGGCGGACUUGCGCUCGUCUCUGGGAGAUGCCGGGUACAUCGUGUUCGGGGUGAUUCUGUUCGUCUGGGAGCUGCUGCCCACCUCGCUGGUCGUCUUCUUCUUCAGGGUCCGACGGCCGCCUCAGGAAAGGAGCACCGCUGGGAUCCCAAACCACGUUCUCUCCUCUCGAGGAUAUUUCUUUGACAACCCUCGACGGUACGACAGUGACGAUGACCUGGCGUGGAGCAUUCCUCCCCAGAAUGCAUCAGCAAGUCUGUCCUCUGACUGCUACGACUGGGGCAGUCGCCACAGCAGCUUCACGGUUCACACCAACAGCGACGAGCAGCGCCUGACCACCACCGCCACCGCCGCCGCCUCCGCCGGAGGGGGGGAGCUGCACCCUUACCCAUAAUCCCUCCUCUUCGCUGUACAGCACCACUCUGCACUUUGACACCGAUCAGUUAUUGUGUUUCUUAAAUCACUGAUGUAGGAGUUUGUAGAGAGUUUAGAGAAAAUACCUGAAUGUUCAGCAGGGUUCCUCCACAGAGACGAAUUCAGGUUGUUGCUUCAUCAUUUAACUCAUUUAAUUACAAUACAAUAACACACAGAACCACUCUAUUUAUAAAUAAGUGUUUCGUUACACUAAACUCAACCUAUAAAUCAAGUUAUGAUAAGUUGUUUAGAUAUUUUCAGUGACAGCAUGAGGCCUUGUGGUUUAAAGAAAACCCAAAUGCUGCUGAUUAAAACAUGGGAAAGAUAAAUCGUACAAAAUGUGACCUUAAUGUCGACCAUACCUAGUGAUAUAUCUAGUUUAGUGCAUCCUAAAGGUCAGAUUUCGUCAUCAGAGGUGGAAGAAGUACUCAGAUCUUGUACUUGAGUAAAGUAGAAGUACUCAGAUCUUGUACUUGAGUAAAAGUAGAAGUACUCAG